AUGCAGGCCUAUGCGGGGAUCCAGGAUGUAGCUGAUAGUGAUCGAGACACACAGCUGGCCCGGCUAAUGAAGCGGAACAACCUAAACCGAGAGGAUGCAGAAGCACGGAUCAAGGCCCAGCUGCCCCUGAAGGACAAGGCCCGCAUGGCCAACCAUAUUCUAGACAACUCAGGCGAGUGGAGCAUCACCAAACGCCAGAUCGUCCUCUUGCAUGCCAAGUUGGAGAACUCCCUGGAAUACCUGCCACUGAGGCUCGGGGCCCUCAUGGGUUUGGCUGCCAUUGCCAGCCUCCUGUACCUGCUUACCCGCUACCUUCUGCCUUCUCCUUAGCUGGACGCACCAACAAAGGAAAUGAGGCUCAAGUCAGAUAUGUCUUUAAACACACACACACACAGAGUUUGAGUCACACACACACACACACACACACACACACACACAGAGUUUGAGUCAGUGCCUGUGCUGGGCCAGCCCUUCUUUGGAUCACUGACAGAUCAAGAAGCAACAGGUCACUGCCAGUAGGUGCUCCUUCCCACCCUGCCCUCCUCUCUACCUCUCCUUCCUUUUGCAGCCCCUACAGAACAAUACCAAUCAUGGCAGGAAGUGGGUUCCACUUAGGCCUGUGGGCAGGGUACAGUCUCUGCAGCUCUCACAUCUGGACUGCCAGAGGUUUCCUGGCUUCUCUGAACAUCUAUCCCAUCAUGACCAAAACCUUCUUAGUAAACCCUAGGGAACCCUUCUGGAGCAAGGGCUUCUCAACUCCAAACAGGACUCUCCUCUAGGUUGAAGCCUUUGGCCAGAAUACAGCAUGGAUCAUUUCAUUAGAAAUGCUGUGGCCAGGCAGAGGCAGAGUUUUUUGUUUUUUUUGGGGUGGUCCUGUCGUGGGGCCUAAA